GGUACGAUAUGUCCUAGUGGCCCUAGUCAUCUUUAUUUUGGACGAAACUAUCCUCAUACGUUCCUCGCAGAUUCCUUCGCCCACGGUGAGGCCGAUCUCGAACGAUUAUACGAGGAGUGGGAAAAGAAUGAUCCAGACAAAGAAUAUGAUGACGAUGACGAAGCAUCAAAGAAGAAACCGAAAGCGGUCGAUCUAAAGGGUUUGGAGGGAAAGAAUCCGGAAGAAAUACUCAAAAGGACGAAGAAAGGUGAAACCCUCAUGAUGUUCGUAAAUGUUCGAGAUCCUCAAGUGCCAUCGAGAAAGGAUCGGCCCUACACGAAUAAAAUGACGGAACUCUGGCGUGUAAUGCUUCUUAAUAACCACAUACAAUCUCAGGUCUUUUUGAUUGAUGAUGAUCGAGCUAUCUUUAUGUUCCCUGAUGGAUCUCAGGCUUUCGAGGCGAAAGAUUUCUUGUUGAAACAGAUUGAGGUCACCGAGGUUAUGAAGAGGUUGCGAUUUCUAUUUGGUAAACUUUUUUGCGAAGAGGAUGUUUUGCGUGUCUGUGGUGAACCCAUAAUGGAGGAUAAUGGGUAUGAAGCCGCCUUGGAUCAGAUAGCCUCACUUCUUCAGAGGCCAGAUCAGCUGGAGAAACUGCCGGAGAUGCGUAAAAGAGCAGAUAGGAAAAUGGCUGCAGUCGAAGCGAUGCUAAGGACAGGAGUUCAGUCGCAACUGGAAGGUAUUCGCACUGCUAUUGCUCAUUUGCACACCGCAGCGGAGGAUAUAAGCUCGAUAGAGACUGGCAUAGCAGCUAUUCGCCAUCGUCUGACUCCGUUUCCUCAGUUGCGAGAGAAAAUGCGUGAAUUGCGAGACGCCAAUGCACGUCACGGUCAAUAUGCAGCGGCUAUGGAGAACCUCAAACACAUUUUCAACAUUACAAAAACAAUCCAAGAUACUAAAGUGGCUCUCGAUCAAGGAAAAUUACUUGUAGCUCACAAAAACAUAAUGGACCUGGAGCUAGCUAGAGACGAACUGCUAUUUGAGGUCCACAAAUCUGAUUCUCCAAACAAGGAUUAUGAGAAAAAUCUUCUCGUGACUUUCUUCAUAAAAGUGGAUGAAUUGGUAACUGAUCUGAGUAGCAAUAUGUGGUUUGUGAUCGGACGUGCACUGGAAAUGGUCAAGGGCAGCGAAAGCGGUAGUGGUCCUCAGGAACUGGUCUCAUGCAUUCGUAUCGUUGAACGAGAAGAACGAAUCGACAAUUACUACUUGGAUAAAAAGGCUCGCGGCAGUGCUUUUAUGCCGCCAGGACGACCUCGUCAGUGGCGUAAGAAGGCCUUUGAAGUGCUCGAGAAAACUGUGUGGAGUCGUGUCGAAGGAAAUCAGUUGGAAGAUCGAAGUUUGAAUAAAGCUUGGUUAGCCAGAUACCUGGAAGUGUGUCGAAAAGUGAUUGUAGACGACCUACAACUGGCGCGUGCUGCUGUUCCGUGCUUUCCACCCGACUAUCAGAUCUACGAUAGAUUUGUCCACAUGUACCAUAACUGCGUGUGUAAAAGGCUACGUGAAAUAGCGGCAGAACAGAUGGAGAAAAGUGAGCUUGUC